AUGCCACCUAAAGGCUAUCGUAAAUCAAUGCCGGGACGCCUCAAUAGCACCAUGUUAACUCCCUCACGGCGGUCCUCCCGUGUCCCGGCCUCCAAGUCUUCAAAUCCCAGUCCCCAAUCCUCCAAAUCCCUCGAUCUCUCCUCCACCGACCCUCCCGACUCUUCAUUCAACAUUCGUUUUUACGACUCCAAAACCCCCUCCAAAACCUCCUCAACAGACCUCAGACACGGGAAUGGCUCUCCGGAUACCCCAUUAAGUCGUCGUCGAACUUUCCAAGCUCGUCCCUCCCGACUUUCAACUGUUUACACGCCGGCCGUGGAGACCCCGAACUCGAAUAAAAGCAGUCGACGAACUCGUCGCUCAGCAGCGAUCGAGACACCACAAGAUCAUUUCUCAGAAGACGACUUUGCCGAGACAGGUUGGACACUUGAACAGUACCUGGGACUCGGAUACGAAGAAGACAUGGCCGGCCGGACUUCUCCCACCAAUGCUUCCUCCCUGGGGACCAGGACCUCAAGUCGUGUCCGCAAGCCGACAGAGCGAUUGAUGGAAUCCCAAGUGUCCCAUCUGAAGCUCCAUAAGAGGAAGGCUGCUCUUCCGGCACCGCAUCAGAAGCAAGCCCCGCAAAAGGUCCAGAAAGACAACCAACAGGCCUCUAUUGCUUCCAAGGAGAUCGCCAAGGCCAAUUCCGUGAACAAAGGAAAGGAAGUCCAAAAGAAGCCCGAGCUCUUGGGAAUCGAGAUCGAUGACGAAGAAGCUUUUCACAACCUGUACCUGCUAACUUCGGAAGCCCUGAGUGACGAAUUCAAGAUUAAGGAUGAUCCAGACAAGGUCAUUGCUGAUGCGCGUGAGUACUGGGCAGAGACCGAGGCCAAAGCCGCUCAAGGUGUCCAAGGUGACGAGGCCAAGGCCCCAGAGGCCGAUGGCAUGAAGAACGACAAGCGUGUCAAGCCAGUCAAGGCCGCCAAACCCGUCAAGCCUGCGAAGGCUGCCAAACCUGUAAAGUCUGUGAAGGCUGCCAAACCUGUCAAGCCUGUGAAGGCUGCGAAGCCUGCCCCAGCCAAGAUCACCAUGAAGUUCAAGAAGUCCACCCCUCCGAGUAUUGACACCGAUGGCUGGGUGAAGACCGGCCGUGUCAAUGACAGUGGCGAGGAGAUUAUUUUGACACCUACCGAUCAUAGCCCCUACCGUUCUCCCCACACCUACGGGGACGAUGCGCUUCCCUACCCACCUGUGCGCUCGCGUUCCGACCAGCAAGUUGAAGACGACACCGCCCUCGGUUUCCCUCCGCUCAUGGGUGACCGCAACAUCCCGUUCGACGGGGAGGCCCAGUUUAAGCAGGAAGAUGUCGCCGAGGAAAAAGCUCGUGUGAAGACGUCCUCCAAGGCGGCUACAAAGGUGGCCCCAAAGACCGCUUCUAAGACCGCUCCCAAGUCUGCUCCUAAGACGGCUUCUAAACCUUCUGCGGGGUCCUCCUCUAAGAGCGGUUCUAAAAUCUCCGCCAAGACUGGCCCAAAGACCGUUUCAAAGGGCAUUCCGAAGACCUCUGCGAAGACCUUCACGAAGGCCAAUCCUACGACCACUUCCAAGACGUCCGCCAAGCCCUCUUCCUCCGCCACCACCAAACCCGUGUUCCAGCGCCUCACGUUGAAGCUGAAGCCCGCCACCGCGGAAGAAAUCCAGCGCACUUCGGAUGAAUCAUUCGAUGAGACGAUGAGAAAGACCCCACAUAAGACCACGAAGAAGCAGUCUACCAUCGCAAAGGAGAAGAAACGCAAGGCCGAGCUCAUUUCCGACGAGGUGGAGGCCGAGAAGCCUGCGUCGAAGAAGUCUGUUCAUGAGAAGUCUGCCCCUGCCACGUCCAAUGACACUGCCGGCCUUGUUCGUGCCGCUGAGCCGUCCACCAAGAUCACUUUCCCAACUGGCCGUGGUCGUGGCGUCUCUCGCGCCGCUCCCCGUGGUGCUGGCGGCACCCGAGGGACCCGUGGCGCUCGUGGCACUCGUGUUUCCCGAGGCCAUGGUCGCGGCGCUGCAACUGUAACUGCAACUGCAACUGGAAAUGAUACUACUGCUGGCACCAGUACUGAUCCCGGCAGCCAUGGAGGACGAGGCAGUGCCCGCGCAGCCCGAGGCCGUGGCCGUGGCCGUGUCCAUGUCCGUGUCCGUGGUCGUGGUCGUGCCCGAGCUGUUUAA